UGGUACCAGGUAACCCGGCACCCAAAAACCUCUCAGAUUUAAAACCAGCUGUCACAAACCAUGUCCGAUCAUUUAUUCAUUUUUUCCCUUUCUUCUCCGUAGAGAAACUCUUCAAACUCUCUCUCUCUCUCUCUCUCUCCAAAUGGCACAUCCGCUGGCGCAGGCAGAAGUAUACGCGCCGUGGUCACUGCAACUAUGGAGAGCUCUCGUGAAUUGGCUGGCAUUUCUCUCCCAAAUCGUCCUCCAGAUCCUCACCUUCUCCCCUUCCUUGGCUCAGCUUCUCUCCUCCAUAGGUCUCCGCCACACCCUUCUCCCCUCUCCUUCCCUCUCCUUCAAGCCCUUGCCCCACGUCGAGCUCGAGUCGCCGCCGCCUUCUUCCGUGGCUCCCACCACACCUGCUGAUGCCAACACCACCACUAACGGCGGUGGUCGAGCCAUCGAGAUAUUAACGGUGGUUCUUGACUUAGAUGAAACUCUAGUAUGUGCCUAUGAAACGUCUAGCUUGCCUGCUGUUAUUCGUAGUACUGCAAUUGCAGGUGGACUGGAGUGGUUUGAAUUGAAAUUUGUAUCUUCAGAGAAGGAAUUCCAAGGAAAUCCUAAGGUCAGUUAUGUGACAGUCUUCAAGCGACCUGGUUUGCACAAGUUCUUAAAACAAAUAGGUGAAUUUGCUGAUGUCGUUCUGUUUACUGCUGGUCUUGAAGACUACGCUAGACCACUCGUUGACCUAAUAGAUGUGGAUAAUCAGUUUUGCCUUAGAUUUUAUCGGCCUUCAACUGUUAGCAUGGAAUUUCGAGAACAUGUCAAGGAUCUGUCUUGUUUGUCUAAGGAUUUGUGUCGAGUAGUUCUUGUUGACAACAAUCCUUUCAGUUUCUUAUUACAACCACUAAAUGGACUACCGUGCAUCUCAUUCUCUGCCGAACACCCCUAUGAUGAACAGCUCUUGAAGGUCAUUCUUCCCCUCCUCCAGCAUCUUUCUCUACAGAAGGAUGUGAGGCCUGUACUCUAUGAAAAGUUCAACAUGCCUGAGUGGUUUCAAAUGCACGGAAUUCCUGCAUCCAGCCUGAUUGUGUGAGGUGAAGAUUACAAAUUAUGAGUUGUGAAUUUAGGGUGUUUUUUCUUUAGCACAGGAGAAGGUACAGUCAUGGCACUUAAAUGGAAAGUAGUGAUGCAUUGUUAUUGUGAUUAAUAUGGGGGCCGUUGUCCAAAAUUGUACACUUCAUUGAUCUCCCUUCGAGAGCAACAGCUGCAUUUGCUGAUAUAUCCGUUGCAUGUGUAUGUAAAAAUGUUCACUUCAAUUCUUUUGCAAUUCCAUUCAAUUUUGUAUAGUGGACAUAGAAAGGGUUUGGGAAUAGUUACUUGCAUCUUUUAUGAA